CUGUCAAGCCUGAUGCCGCGAGUAAACAUCAGAACUGGGAUUCAGAUCCAGCUUGGAAUAACUCCAAAGCCCCUUGACAAAUAUUGAUUGAAAGAAACACGAAGAAUUGGAUGACUGAAGGACUGUAAAAGUCCCCAGCAAUAAUCUAUGCCACAUGCCCCCAUUUUACAGGUAAAGAAACUGAGGUCUAGAGAGGCCGAGUUGCCCUAAGGUCACACUAAGUGCAGGUGGGAGAGCUGAGACUUGUGCAUCAGCCUCAGGCCUCACGUUUCCUGCACUUAACUUCUUGGGCCCUCCUGCUUCCUCCAGCACCAGUGCGAGCUCUCUUGUCAUGGCAGCUUUCAGGUCAUUAGAGCGAUGUCUCUUGUUUUCAUCUGCCCCACAUCCAUCCCCCAUCCUCUGCUAACCUCGGUAUUCCUCCUGGAAACCGCCCCAUCCACUGCCCUUAGUCCAUGUAGUUCCAGUGGGGUGAACCUUGUGACCUGCCUACCCUAUUCCCAGCCCCCCACGCUCUACCCCCAGCCCUAGGGCAGAGGACUUAGGUCUGGCCAAUCAGAACAUCCCAUCUUCCUGGCCACAAUGAUUGGUUCGUGGGUGGGCAUGUGACCUGGACUUGUCCCUUGAGAGUUCCUCAUAACAUUCGUAGCAAUUACGUGCAAAGAGAAGCUUUCUUUUCUUGGAUUGCUUCCCUUUGGCCUCAGAAGGUCAGCCAGAGGCAAUACUGUGAGAGAACCUGCUGCGAGUGAAGCCAACCCAGCAGAAAACAGAACUGAGAGAUGAGAGGAAAGAGAGGUCCCGAAGAUACUGCUUGUUCACCUGGAUCCAGCUGUGCCUGAAGCUGUUCCAUAGAAUUUUUAGUUAGGUAAGUUAAUGAAUUUCUCAUUUUGCUGGUGCCGGUUGGAGUUGCACUUCCAUCACUUACAGCAAAAGACAAGACAAGCACCUACUCUGUGCCAAGUCUUGUGCCAGAUGCUAAGGAUAAAGAUUUUCAGAUUCAGUGCCCACUUUCUGGAAAUUCACAGCCUAUAGAGAAGAUCCUCAUGCCCCAGGGAAAUAUGUAAUUCCCUGGACUGGAAUUACCAAGGCAGAAAGGAGAGCACAGUGCCAAGAAUUUCAAUAACUGGUGUUUAACCAUAGAUCAGUUAAUCCCCAUUCAUGCCUUCCUCCUACCCAGGAAACACCAUACCGUUACCCCAUUCUGAUUUGGGGCUGGCUUUUCCCUCUUUGCUCAGCCCAUCCAGCAGCCCAGAGUGAAAGGCUGUUGAUUUAAGGAACUGGGAAGGAACGCGCACACAUACACGCACACCUCCGACCAGCUUAUCACCCACCUGGGCUUUAUUCACCAACCUGAAUGCUUCCUUCAAAGGGAAGGAGACAUUUUACAAGGUCAUAGACUUCUAUCCAAAGCUGGAGCCUGAGCAGAAGAGGCCACACUGGGAGCUCCAGACCUGAAGUGUGCCUCCACCACUAAUCUAGCCUGUUGACGGCUAGGUCAUCGAAACUCCCUGAUGGUGGGUAGCGUGUGGGCAGCCCUGGGACUUUCCCUAGCCUGCAUCUCGGCCCUUGGCCUCAUCUCUCCUGCGUGGUUCCAGUCCCACACCUUCUCCUUUGGCGUCCUCACCUACUGCUCCUGGCCUCAGGGUGACAGCUGGAACCAGAGCUGUGGGACCUUCAGGUCCCUGGAUGAUAUUCCUGACUUUGCCUGGAAGGUCUCAGCUGCAAUUCUCCUUGGAGGAUGGCUCUUGUUGGCCUUCAAUGCAGUUCUCCUCCUAGCUUGGGCCCUGGCCCCCAAAAGGCUGUGUCCCAGAAGGGGCAAUGGCCCAAUGCCAGGGGUGCAGGCAGCUGCAGCCACUGUCACCAUUGUGGGUCUGCUGGUUUUCCCCAUCAGCCUGGCCUCUCCAUUUGCCAAGGGAGCCUGUGGAGCCUCCUCUGUGUACCACGGUGGGCAGUGCCAGCUGGGCUGGGGCUAUGUGAUUGCCAUCCUCAGUGCAGUCCUGGCCAGCUUCCUGCCUAUGAUUGGGUGGCCCCACAUGACCAAGGUCCACGGGAGGAUCAUCCUCUUCUCUGGUGACACUGAGAAAAUCAUCCUCAUGCCAGAAAUGAGCAUAUAAAAAUUUCCCAGGAGGAGCAAAAAUAGCCCACUUUAGAGUUGUAUGAAAUCACUACAAAUCCACAUUCAAACCUCACCUCUGCUGCCUCUCUGCUGUGUCACCUCAGGCAAAUCACUUCACCUCUCUGGAUUCCCAUGUAUUCUGUAAAAUGGUGGUCUACCUCAAAGGGCUGUUACCAGAAUUAACUUGAGAUGCUGUGUAUAAAUAAAGCACUUAGUACCAUGUA